GCAGCAUACCAGUGAGAGCAUUCAAAGAGUUCCUCGCUUUGUUACCCAAGCAACCAUAGGUAGCCUUCAGUUCUCAUGAGGAGAACAAUAAAUCCCCCUGAAGGCUCCAACAGUUCUGCUGCUGACAACAAUCAGAACACCAAAUCCCCUCAAAGGCUCAAACAGUUCUCCUAUGAGAACACCAAAUCCCCUCGAAGGCUCAAACAGUUCUCCUAUGAGAACACGAAAUCCCCUUGAAGGCUCAAACAGUUCUCCUAUGAGAACACCAAAUCCCCUCGAAGGCUCAAACAGUUCUCCUAUGAGAACACUAAAUCCCCUUGAAGGCUCAAACAGUUCUUUUAUGAGAACACCAAAUCCUCUGUCCAACACCAAAUCGUGUGAAAUAUAAUUUCUGAAUUUGGAUUUGAAACAUAAACACGCGACCGAUCGGUUUGACGUUUCAAUUUCACGAAAAUUCCUGAAACAACAACAACGUCAGUUGCAUCUUCGCUUGUUAAAACAAGUGAAAAAACGUUUAAAUUAGUGAAAAAAUGUAGUGUAAAAUAAGUGAAACAGUAGUGUACCAUCGUAGUAAGCUGAGGUAAGUGUAGUUCACCGAAAAUACGUGUUUGUUUUUUGUCCGCCGCAGCAUCCGCAGCAUCGUGAUCGUGACGCAGUUACUGAUAUUAUGAAGGAACACCGGAUGAUAAGAAAGGCUAUGGGAUGAGGAUGCCCAUAAUUCCAUAUUAAACUUUGACGAGAAUGUGUCGUGUCGUGCAUCAUCAUCAGGCGCAAUAGCAGCAUUCGGUACAUCAUGUGCAGUAGACACAGCAGCCGGUGCAAGUACCUCAUCCGAUGAUACGUGGAGUGCUAGUUACCGGUACGCAGAAUGGUGGAGGUGAAGGAUGCGAACCUUUCCUUUCGACCUUUCGAACAAAGAUGCCCCGUUGCCAGCCGGUACGUGAAUGGUGCCGGUGGUGUGCCGAAGGAAAUCGCCGGUCGUGAGUGGAGUGCGGAGACGAUAGAGGACUUCAAUGCGACUACAGCGGUGCUUGCCCUGAAGCAUGGACCGAAAAUUGUCAUCGAAAACUCCUUCCGUAAUGGCACGCCACCGGCUAUCACAUCACCGCAGCGCGGGAGACCGAUCGGCUACGGCCCUGAUCGUCAAUGAGGGGUCCCCUCUGCUGAUCGGGAAUGGUAGCAGCUGCUGCUCGUCAUCCGACGAACGGAUCCACAAUGAAUUGCUGCGGCAUGCACUGACGCAUCAUCCGCUCCAUCACCACCACCAUUCUAAUCAGCAUCACAGUGAGGUUCAGCAACGGUACCUCAUCGGAUGCUGCUUACGAAAACAGCGAGUAAAGCCUCCAUCCACAUCAUGCAUCGGCCAAGGAUAUGUGCUCUCCUCCCCAGCCUCGUUGAACGGUUCGUUAAAGCGAUCGGAACCGAACGAUUCGUACAGUGGGACCCCGACCGAUUACCAUCAUCACCAUCACCACCGUAAUCGACAGCAACUCGUUGCAUCAUCGGAUGAACGGACAAUGCAGAUAGCAAACGGUGCCGGCACUCCUCGACCCUAUCAUCCGCAUAACCUCGGCACGGAGUACGGUGGCCAAGCACCACUGUCACUGCCAGGUACGGUUUCCACGGUGACCCCAACCUAAUACCAAAGCCCGCUCCUGAAAGGGGCGCACGGCAUCGCGGAGAUAAGAGGGUGAUUUUUAUGGGUAAAUUAGUGUAAUUUAUUUAUAAUUUAAAAAAAUCAUAAUUUUUUCAAAUAAAAUUUGGUGCUAUA